AUUUCGAGUUUGCGGAUGUGUGCACCAGGACCGGAUUUUAACUGUACUCUGGGGGCCGGGGAGCUCACCGAGGACUCCCUUUGUCCGGACUGUGCCGGACCCCGCUCCAUCUCUCCCGCUGCCUCGCUCUCUCCCUCCUUGAGGCCUCGGGGCUCCCGGCGCUGCCGGCGGCAGCGGAGCUGCACUAACAGCUGCUGGUAUUCGAGCAGGGCUGCUGGGCUCGCGGGAGCAGCAGGGGCUCCCGGCCGCGCUCCGGCUGCUCCCGGGCGGGACGUGGCGGCGGGGAGCGGGCGGGAGCGGGCGGGAACGGGCGGUCCCGGGGAGGGCGGCGCUGUCCGCGGUGCUGCAAAGGAGCGCUCCCGCCGGCCCGGCGGGGGACCCGCACCUGUCCGGUACCGACUCCCCCAUCAUCUGGGUGGCGGGGACGGGGAGCCACAUCUAGGGGUGAGGAAGCGGGGGAACAGCAGCGUCGGACUUGUCCACAGCUCCCUGAAGUCGUGGUCCCCUCGCUCCCGCCCCGAUUUCAUCUUCCAGAAGGAGCUGUUUGCCGCCAGAGACGCAGACCCCGUGCACAACCUCUCUGCUCAGCCCUGGCAGGUGAAGAUGGCCAACCUGACCUACGACAACUUCACCUUGGGCAACCGCUCCGAGGUGGCCAUCCAGCCUCCCACCAACUACAAAACAGUGGAGCUGGUUUUCAUUGCCACGGUCACCGGCUCACUCAGCCUUGUCACUGUGGUGGGAAAUAUCCUGGUGAUGCUGUCCAUCAAGGUGAACCGCCAGCUCCAGACUGUCAACAACUACUUCCUCUUCAGCCUGGCCUGUGCAGACCUCAUCAUUGGGGUCUUCUCCAUGAACCUCUACACGGUCUACAUCAUCAAAGGCUACUGGCCACUGGGCGCUGUGGUGUGUGACCUGUGGCUGGCUCUGGACUAUGUGGUGAGCAACGCAUCUGUCAUGAACUUGCUCAUCAUCAGCUUUGAUCGGUACUUCUGUGUUACCAAGCCCCUGACAUAUCCAGCCAGGAGGACCACCAAGAUGGCAGGCCUAAUGAUUGCAGCCGCAUGGAUAUUGUCCUUCAUUCUCUGGGCCCCUGCCAUCUUAUUCUGGCAGUUCAUUGUGGGCAAGAGGACAGUACCUGAGAGGGAAUGCUACAUCCAGUUCCUCUCCAACCCAGCAGUGACCUUCGGCACAGCCAUUGCUGCUUUCUACCUGCCUGUGGUCAUCAUGACAGUGCUGUACAUCCACAUCUCCCUGGCCAGCAGGAGCAGGGUGAGGAGACACAAACCUGAAAGCAGGAAAGAGAGGAAAGGCAAGUCCCUCAGCUUCUUCAAGGGCCCCUUGGUCAAACAGAACAACAACAACUCUCCCAAGAAGGCUAUGGAGGUGAAGCAGGAGGUGAGGAAUGGGAAAGUGGAUGACCAGCCCUCAGCGCAGACGGAGGCCACUGGCCAUCAGGAGGAGAAGGAGACCUCCAAUGAGUCCAGCACAGUCAGCAUGACCCAGACCACAAAAGACAAGCCCACAGCAGAAAUUUUGCCAGCAGGGCAAGGACAGAGCCCAUCUCACCCUCGGGUGAACCCAUCUUCCAAAUGGUCCAAGAUUAAGAUCGUCACCAAGCAGACUGGGACUGAAUGCGUCACCGCCAUUGAGAUUGUCCCAGCCAAGGCAGGAGCCUCUGACCAUAACUCCCUGGCCAACAGUCGACCAGUCAAUGUUGCCAGGAAGUUUGCCAGCAUUGCCAGGAGCCAGGUACGGAAGAAGCGCCAGAUGGCAGCCCGGGAGAAGAAAGUCACCCGGACCAUAUUUGCUAUCCUGCUGGCCUUCAUAUUCACAUGGACUCCAUACAACGUGAUGGUCCUCAUCAACACCUUCUGUGAGACCUGCGUACCUGAAACAGUGUGGUACAUUGGCUACUGGCUCUGCUAUGUCAACAGCACCAUCAACCCAGCCUGCUAUGCCCUCUGUAAUGCCACUUUCAAGAAAACCUUCAAGCACCUUCUCAUGUGCCAGUACAGGAACAUUGGCACAGCCAGAUAAAUCGACACUCAGGGACCACUUCAGCAACUUUACUGAAGCCCUUCCCUUUGCCUCUUUUGCUGGAGGGAGGUCCUCUGCUCCCCACUCACAACAGUGCUGACUGUGCAGUGAUUGCAGAUGAUGCCCUUCAUCCAAUGCUGACAAAGGUCUAAGGCACCUCUGAGCUGCAGCUCCUUCCAGUCACCCUGGGCCUGGGGACUAGCUUGGGGGAGCCAGUGAGAAAGCUGGAGGCAAGAGCUGUGAUCACCAGGAACCCUCCCCAUUUCCCUGCUCUUGAGAGGUUGGUGAAAUGUCAUCAGUGUUUGUCGUAAGACUGGAUGGCUCUUCUCCCCCUGGCUGACCAUCUCCAGAGCAUCAGAGCUUGUCUGCAUGCAGACAGCCUACUGCUGGAUGUUUUCAAUAGGGUUUUGAACCUUUUAUUACUGAAAAAAUGAGAAGAAACUUGAGCCAAACAUUUGCCAGCCAUUUUGGACCAGGCUGGCUCGGGCAUGCCCAUGGGAUGUCCUGCAGGCCCCCUUCCAAGGCAGUCAAGAUUGUGCCCCAGCAGAUGUGGCAAGCUCCUGCCUUUCCCUUGAGAGACGCCAUCAUACAUCCUCACCUAGAGAUCUGGGGAGGAAUUUUUUGCUGGGCUUCAGCUCCGCUCUCCCCUUCGCGCCCUUUCUGCCCUCGGCCAGCAAUCAGCUGGACAGACAGACAAACCAAGCAUCUCACUUCUGGGUGAGGAGUGUGAAACCCAGUUGCCUCCUGCUACAAUGGAAACUAAAACUGCAAAGAGAAGCAGUGGUGUGGUGCAGGACUUCUCUCCAAGGCCCCAGGGAAAUGUGGCCCUUGAGAAGUGGACAGCAGCAACAGUGACAGUAACCAUUCUUAGGAGGGAUGGGUCUUGAAGUGGAUUGGGAAGAGGGUUUGAAAUGUGGCAAAUGUACCCUGUGUCUCACCUGGGCCAUGAGAAGGCCCCUGUUCUCUCCAUGGCAGGUGUGGGAGGUCUGAUGGGGGUGGGAGUGGAUGGUGGUGGUCCUCAGCCCCACUCCUGCACUGGGUGCAGGGGGACGCCCCAGGAGGCCAAAGGAGCCAGCUGCUGAGCUUUGUAAAUGGAUGUAAUCCUGCCGUCGGUGUUGUGAUGGAGCCCUCAGCAUGCGGGCUUCAGCCAGCGUCUCCAGUCCCCUCCCAGCCUGCCUGUGUGCCCAGCCCAGACCACCCUGGGGCUGCUUCUCAGCCCCUCCAAAAGCCAGGUCUCUGCAAGCCUUGGCAGGCAAGGCCAGAUGCAGCCAAGGAAUGGGAUGGAGCCACACUGGCACUGGAAAACUAUGUGUCCAUAUGUCCUUCCUGUCCCCAUGCUGGAGUGAAGCUGUGCAACCUGGAGAAAGGCUGCCCCAGCCCAGGUGGGGACUGCCCUGCCGCUGUUUUUAUGAUAAUUAACACAGCGGUGUCCAAAAGGCCCGGCGGGCUUUUUUUUUUUUUCUUUUUAAACUGCUACAACCACAGCCCAACCCACCCCGAGACAAAUAAAGACCUCGGGCCAGAAACCAA